GGCUGAUCAACUUACAGAAGAACAAAUUGCCGAGUUCAAAGAAGCAUUCUCACUCUUUGAUAAGGAUGGCGAUGGUACCAUUACAACAAAGGAAUUGGGUACAGUCAUGCGGUCACUGGGUCAAAAUCCAACAGAAGCUGAAUUGCAGGACAUGAUAAAUGAAGUUGAUGCCGAUGGUAAUGGUACCAUUGAUUUUCCUGAAUUCCUAACAAUGAUGGCCCGUAAAAUGAAGGAUACCGAUAGUGAAGAGGAAAUCCGAGAGGCAUUCAGAGUAUUUGAUAAAGAUGGCAAUGGCUUCAUUUCAGCGGCUGAAUUGCGUCACGUCAUGACAAAUUUGGGUGAAAAAUUAACAGACGAAGAAGUCGAUGAGAUGAUCCGCGAGGCUGACAUCGACGGUGAUGGUCAAGUCAAUUACGAAGAGUUCGUGACUAUGAUGACAUCGAAGUGAGCAGCUAAUUUACCUCUUUUUAAGCCUUUCUAUGUUUUUAAGAUGUUGACGAAGACUGUAGCUGUGCGCAAUAACACCAUGCGACGUCGUUCUUGCUAUGGAAACCAUUAAAAUCUUAAGCAAACAACAAAAAACAAUUUCAACUUAAAACAUUUAAAACCCAAAUUACGUUAUUAUUAAUGAAUACAAUUUAAAAUGAAAAUGAAAUAAAAUAAAAACACAUUCAACAC